AUGAAGCUGGGUUAUCUCGCACUUCUUCCUGCGCUGCGCUACUAUGAUGGACAAGAGGGCGCUUGUGGCUGCGGCACCAGCUCCGGCAUAGAUUCGUGGCAGCUCGGGAUAAGCAGCGGUGUGUACACUGCUGCUGGAUCCCAAGCCCUCUACGAUACCGCCGGUGCUACCUGGUGCGGCGCUGGAUGCGGAAAAUGCUAUAAUCUCACGUCAACAGGCAGCUCGCCUUGCAAUGGUUGUGGCCUUGGUGGUGUGGCUGGCGAGAGCAUCAUCGUCAUGGUCACCAACCUCUGCCCAUACAAUGGUAACCAGCAAUGGUGUCCACAGGUCGGGGGCACCAACCAGUACGGAUAUAGCUACCACUUCGAUAUCAUGGCACAGAGCGAAAUAUUUGGCGACAACGUCGUAGUCAACUUCGAACCUGUUGCGUGCCCUGGACAAGCGACCUCGGAUUGGGAAACGUGCGUGUGCUAUGGAGAAACCGCUACGGAUGUCACGCCUGUUGGGUUGACAAGCGGAGGUGGUUCUAGCAGCUCAUCUUCGACUUCUCCUACACAUACAUCGACGGGUACGUCGACGUCGACAUCGACAUCGACAUCAGCUGGCGCUACGCAGACCGUCUACGGGCAAUGCGGCGGAAGUGGCUGGACUGGCGCGACGGKUUGUGCAGCGGGUUCCACCUGUCAAGCGGAGAAUCAGUGGUACUCUCAGUGUCUGCCCUGA